GAUGUCCCUGCACAGGUGUGAAACCUGUAGCAAAGAAGAAGCUAAGUACAGAUGUCCACGAUGCAUGAAAUAUUCGUGCAGCCUGUUGUGUGUAAAGAAGCAUAAGCUUGCCCUGAGCUGUAAUGGAGUCAGGGAUAAAACAGCAUUUGUCUCUGUAAAUGAAUUUACUGACUUGAACCUUCUGAGUGAUUAUCGUUUCCUGGAAGAUGUAGGAAGGACAGCUGAUGCUGCUGCUCGACAUUGUAUUGUACAUAGUCCUGCAACAAAGAGACUUUUAUACUGCUUGAGGAACAAAGCUCGAGGGUGUAAUAUUGAGCUAAAAACACUGCCUGUUGGAUUUACAAAAAGAAGAGAAAAUUCUACCACCUUCAAUUUCGUGGAGAACAAGUUCUACUGGCAUUUGAAGCUCAUAUUUCCUCACUGUCAUGCUGAAUACACUUUAAAAGGGGUGCCUGAUGAUAAAACACUUGCUGAUAUCCUCAAGCCAUAUAUUGAUCCAGUGGAGUCAGAUCCUGUCGUUUGUCAAAGAUUAAAAAUCUAUACAGCAUCUCCUCAAUCAGAUGUACGAAUUUUAAUGAAAAUAGAAAACAGGAGCCGAAACUCUAUCAGGUACAAUGAACUGGAUGCCAGUAGAAGCCUUCUAGACAAUCUGAAAGGCAAAGUAAUAAUUGAGUAUCCAACAUUAUUUGUGGUCUUGAAAACACUGAAGAAUGACAUGGUGGUCCUCGGCCAAGAUGGCAGUGAAGCUGCAGAGAACUCAGACAGUGAAAGUUCAUCCCUUUCCUCUGUGGAAGAAGGGGAGAUUCGGGACAGUUCAUGACAGUUCUUUGAGAGAAGA